AUGAAUCGGUUUUGCCAAAUUAGGUUUCGAUUCAAUCUCAGGCGAAAAAUUCAACGCCACUUUUCAGUUGUUAGACGAUGCAUUCUCCAUAUAUGGGAUCAGAUUCUCAUGUGUUCGAUAGGGAAGCCUGUUCGGUAUCGUCGCAUCUUGUCACACUCCCGGGAGAUCACUUCUUCCUCGUCUCCAGUCACCAACGACACAGUUCCGAGCGUAACACCACCACCGAUAUGUCAUCACCACCACGAUAAUGAUUCAGACUUGGUUGCCUUGAAGAUUAGCCUCUUAGGUGAUUGCCAAAUUGGAAAGACAAGUUUUCUGGCAAAGUAUGUGGGAAAUGAGAAAGAUGAGGGAGUGAAGCAAAACAACGGUUUGAAAAUGAUGAAUAAAACAUUGACAGUUAAAGAUGCACGUAUUUCUUAUAGUUUGUGGGAACUAGAUGGCGGCUAUGAAGGAUUGAAGCAGCAAAUUCCGGUGGCUUGCAAGGAUUCUGUGGCUAUUUUGAUAAUGUUUGAUCUAACUAGUCGGAUCACACUAAACAGUGUAAUAAGGUGGUACCAAGAAGCAAGGAAAUGGAAUCGGACGGCAGUUCCUGUUAUAAUAGGAACCAAGUUUGAUGAGUUUAUCCAACUUCCCGUAGAUUUGCAAUGGACAAUUGCAAGCCAGGCAAGAGCAUAUGCGAAGGCUCUAAAUGCAACUCUCUUCUUUUCAAGUGCGACCUAUAAUAUCAAUGUGAAUAAGAUCUUCAAAUUCAUCACAGCAAAGCUUUUUGAUCUGCCGUGGACCUUAGAGCGCAAUCUCACCAUUGGAGAACCUAUUAUUGAUUUCUGA